AUGCCGCUUGUGGAGUACGUCAAUGAGGAGGGGUACAGAAUUGACGGGAGAAAGGAAGACGAAUGCAGGUUGAUAAAAAUCAGCGUGGGGAACGAAAAUAUAUUUACGGAUGCGGACGGAUUUGCAUUUUACGAAUUAGGGAACACAAAACUGUUGUCGUACAUACAAGGACCAACUGAAUUAAAGAAGUCGGAAGAAAAGUGCUCAAUAAAAUGUGAAACCAAAGAUAGCGUAACAAAUGAAAUAAGUGCGUAUAUAAGAAAUAUCUGUGAAAAUAUUAUCCUCCUGGAUUUAUAUAAAAAUUCAGAAAUAAAUAUUUUCCUUUACAUAAUAGAGCGUGAUGGAGGGGUGAAACAUGCUGCCAUAAACACCUGCAUCCUGGCAUUAAUUGACGCAGGCAUAGCGAUUAAGUACUUUAUAUCUGCCUGCUCAGUUCUGUACUUACAAAAUCGUAUCCUUGUGGAUGGGAACCAGUUAGAAAUUAACUCGGGUGCCCCCGAACUGACUAUGGUCAUUGAACUCAACACUCAUAAAAUUAUUUUGCUAGAAUUUGAUGCGGAAGUCCCUAUUGACAUUUUCGAAGCCAUGGUUCGCACCUGCAUGGACUGCUGUGUCAAUUUGGGCAACGUCAUGAAAUUAACUGUAAAGGAAAACGCCAUCAAGCUGUUGUGCUUAAACAAUAUGUUAAAUGCCUGA